CUGGGGCCUCAGUGUUCAGGAAGUAGUGGAAUCCAAAAAGUGUUCCUCCCAUCAUUUGGUGAAGCUUCCACGGAGGGUCAGUCCACCCACGGAGAGCGGGGAAAGCACAGCAGGCGAAACGGGCUGCGAGUAAUUCUUGGUUCAUAACAACAGAGCUCAUUGGUUUGAUCUCUACGAUUUCAUCGGACCUCCAUCCCCUGGAAAAGGUCACGGCUCUUCCUGCUAAAGUUGCGAUGGCGGAGCGGGUUCUGGUGGUAGGAGGCGGGGGACGGGAACACGCGCUGGCCUGGAAGCUGGCCCAGUCGCCCCGGGUCCAGCAGGUUCUGGUGGCUCCCGGAAACGCAGGAACCGCCAGCUGCGGCAAGAUCAGCAACUCUGAGGUGUCGGUGAGCAACCACAGCAUCCUGGCUCAGUUCUGUAAGGACCACCACGUCGGUUUGGUCGUAGUCGGACCCGAGGCGCCGCUGGCAGCAGGUAUGGUGGACGAUCUGACGGCGGAUCUUUUCUUAUUUCUGUAGACAGUCUUUAAAAACAGAUAAAAGUAUUUAAAUGACAUUAACAGCAGCAGCAUAAUAUUGUAUGUGUAAUGCAUUUAUUUACAGAUUAAUUCAGUUCUACAAAAGACUGCAAUUAACUAAGUAAUAUUAAGUACUAAUAAUUUAAACUUUAUUAACUUUUUAUAUUUAAUUUUUCUCUAUUAGCCCCUUUCAUCCUGCUUGAUGCUCCUAUCGCAGGUGAUUGAAUUUUAUUUCAAACACAUUUUUAUUAUUUAUAUUUUUUCAGGCCUUGAGUCUCAAAAUUUCCCACAGUGAAUCGUUUUUUGGAGGAUU